UAAAGAGAGAGAAUCACAAAAGAACAGUUUACCAAGGCUGGCAAGGGCUACUAAACUCUACGAUGAACCCUCACAGCUGCAGUACUACUUCAAACUUUUUGCCAGUGGAAAGGAUCACCUUACUAAGGAAGAUGCCCUACAGAUGAUUGCUGUGUCAUAUGCCCUGACCCUGUCAGCUUCUAUGAUUCCUUACUCCACAGGCAGCACAGAUGACUCAUUGUUUGAGGGGGUGGUGCAAGGAAUGUUUGGGAUAAAUGAGAGGGUUACAUUUGAUGAUUUCACCUCCUGGUCCAAGAAGAAUAGUCCUCAUCUGUUCUGUGGGGUACAUAACUGGGUGUACCAGAUCCUCACUGGGUCCAAGAUGCCAUCUGAAUUG